AUGGCGACGGAGCAGCCCCUGUCGCACGGCGACUGGGUCGGCGGAUUCUGCUCCGUGCCCCAGGGGCACGGAGUGUUGCAUGGCGCUGUCCAGAGGCAGUCUGCUCCGGUGCAUGUAGGUGGGCACCACUGCUGGGUGCCUCACCCAGGCAGGGGCCCCAACGGCGAGAGCUGCCCGCAGUGGGCUGGCGCCGGCGCCGUGGAGGCCGCGGUGGUUGCCAGCUGGGAGGGGCCCGCCGGCGGCCCGGAGAGCCGCGGGGGCGCCCGGGCGCUCCGCGCCGAGCCCCCGGGACGUGUCUGGCCAGGGGGCAGCGCACCUGCGCAGAGCUGGGCGGCCGCGAACCAGGCGAGAGAGGGCGCGGGGUGGUACGGAGACGGCACGGAGCUCCUGGCCGAGGCGCUGAGGACCCUCAAGAGGGCCGCCACAGGCAUCGACUGCAGCGCGAAGGGCGACCUCCUGCCCUCAGGCACUUACCGCCGCGAGCAGGAGGUCAAUCGCACGCUCGGGGACGGCUGGGAGCGGCUGUACGCCUUGGAGGCAGAUCCGCCGGAGGGCGGCAUGCGCGCGCUGGUCUUCCUGCACGCGGCCUCCCGCCGUGGGCUCGUCGCCUUCCGCGGCACCGACCUCAACCGCACCGGCGCCAGCGGCCAGGCGGACUUCUGCGCUGGCCGCCUGCUGUGGGAGAACGCCUCCCGCGCGACCCUGCCUGGGUUCUGUGCGGCGUUCACGGACUCGCAGCUAGACUGUGGUCUGCCGACUUCGCCCGAUCCAACGCCCGCGCACUCGCACAGCGAGCAGCGGGAGCGAUGCCGGAGGGCACGGACCUCCUGCUGA